AUGUUACUAUUUGCAAGAGUAAAACAUAUACCAAUAGGAUACAAUCCGAUUAGUUCACGAGUAAUCACGGCUAGAUUCCAUACAACACCAUUCAAGCUCACAGUAAUACAUGUGUAUGCGCUAACAUCAGCAUCAUCAGUCGAUGAAAUCGAAAUAUUCUACGAUAGCAUCGAACACGCACUAACACAAACGCCUAAAAAGGAUAUAGUAAUCGUAACUGGUGAUUGGAACGCAAAAGUUGGCAGUGAUAAUACAAAUUGGGAGUUGGUCAUGUGUAAAUAUCGAUAUGGUAACAGAAAUGAACGAGGCGAUCGACUCCUAGAGUUCGCAACACUACACAAUCUAAAUAUUUGUAAUACACGAUUUCAACAGAAAGCAAAUAGAAAAUGGACGUGGGCAUCACCAGAUGGUGUGCAUAAAAGUAUGAUUGAUCUAGUGCUGAUUCAAAGGAGAUGGAAAUCAUCAGCCACGAAUUGUCGAACAUUUCAAAGUGCUGAUAUCAGCUCAGAUCAUUCUCUAGUGCUUUGCAACAUCAAGUUAAGACUCAGAAGGUGA